UUAUUCUUCUUGAAAACUUGAAGCCCUCUGAGAAUCAACAUGAGUUGAAUUACAGAGAUUUAACAGGCUACUACAAAAAAUCUGAAUCUGGAGGGCCCUCUAGUACUGACGGUUUGCGAGAUGACGGAAAACGAGGAAGGAGAAGGAACAUGCAAGGAAGACCCCAGAGAGGAUACAAGGGUGAUGAACACGGUGAAGAUGCAGCGGGUCGGAAGGGUUUUCAGGAUGAUGCCUUUGCUAGACCGAGAGGUGGUUCUGGACCACGUGAAAAGUUUGGAAGGGCGAGAGGGCGGGGCCGCUUCCCGAGAGGACGAGAUGAGAAACAGGUUCAAAAGGAGGACGAGGAAGCCAAACAGAUUGCAGAACAAGCCAAGUUAGCGGAAUUACAAGGAAAGGACCCAGCAGCCUUCCCUGCUUUACCAACCCAGCAAGCUGAAGAGCGGACUCCUUCGUCUGAAGCUGCACCAGAUCAAUCCCCAGCAGAGUUCUGGAGCCGCUUGAACAACAGUCAACUGAAGCCUACUGGUCCACCCAAGGAAAACCAUGUUAGCACAGAAAACAAACCUCUAAGUGUUUCAACAGCUAAUCAUCAACAGCCUCAUGGUGAGAAGGAACUGGAAUUAGAGAAAGAGAGGCUGCUGGUCAGGGAGGUGAAAGUACCAGGGGCUCUUAAUAGUGAGAAUGUUACUAAAACGGAGAGUUGGUCUCUUGAAACUAGCAGUAGUCCUAGUCCUUUGGAAAAUGCGAAGAAGGAACAAAGUGAGACUCAGAAACAACCCUUACCUGUUGAAAAGGAACUUUUGAAAGGCAAGGUAGACCUUCCGAAGGGGCGUCCCUUGAAUGAUUUUAAACAGCCCACAACAGCUUCGUCAUCAGAUGUAGAAAGUGUUCCACUAAAGUCCAAUAUGGAAGAAAGUAAUUUAAUAGAUUCUGCCGAGAUAAGGAGUACUUGGAUAAAAGAUCCAAAUGAAAAGAAAGACGUAAAAACGCAAGAUAAAGCUCCAGACAGUAGCGCGAAAUUAUCGGAACAAGAAGCAAAGAAGACAGAAGAGCUUGCAGUGAAGCCACAAGGAACAAGGGGGGUUAUUCGUGUGUCAAAUGUCAAUAACAAAUCACAGCAGGUCAUGGACGCUGAAGAUCAGGAGGAGGCCUUGAAGGGGGACAGUAAAUUGUUCAGAAAAGAGGAUUAUAUUCCCAAAGAUGCACCAAACCUCAAAUCAGCGCUGGCAGGAGAAGGUCCUGCAUCAACCUCUCCCGAGAAAAAGACUGUGACCUUUGCUGAGCCACUUAAUGGAGGAGGGGAAUUUAAAGUUCUUCAUUUAGCUGGUCGAGAUGGAAAGAGAGAUGUGCAUGUUCCAUCAAGUCUACUUUCUGUUGUGAUGAAACCUGCUGCUUCUUCAGAUACUGCAGAGAAUUUGCCAGUUUCCCACGUGCCUGCGAACAAAGCCGACAACAACACCAGCGAAGACGAAGCCUCGAAUGCCCAAGCCGCCAUACCCACCCCCGACAGUAACACUCAACAACCGCCCCCUUCCCCCGCCUCCGAAGACACCAACCAGAGCAAUGAAGGAGCAGACCCUGCGCCGUCCAGCUCACCGUCAGUGACACACCAACACCAAUCGUAUUUUCAGCUGCCAUUCCUGCCCGUUAUGUACGUACUCCUGCCGAACAUGACCAGUAUGCCACGCAUGCCUCAAGGGAUAUCUACGGAAAGCGACGCUUCGGAUCUGCCCGAUGACCCUAAUACUCUCCGAUAUUUCUUCAAUCUUGGAUUUCAGUACCAUGUUCAGCUGUACAAUCAGCAAUGGGCCAACCAACACAUGAUGUAUUAUCCACCGUCGGUCUACCAGAUGUCUUCCCAGGAUCACUUGGGGCCGCACCCCGCGGUUUCAGUCGCACAGCCUGGUAACCCUGGGGCACCACAGGUUAUUUACCAGCACCAACAAAUGCAGGGAUACCACUCCCCUCAAAUUCAACCAGUGAUGCAAGAGGGCACAAGUUUUUCAGACCGUAAUUCCUUGGACAGAAGUAGUCCCGGGCAAUCUCAACAACAGCAAACUCAACAACAACAACAACAACCGCAGCAACAACAAGCUCUGCACCAGGGUUCGUUCAUACCCGCGCAGCAUCAUCACUCAACCUGGCGAGCGGCUCAGACGAUGACUCGGUAUGGCCAGGGGAAGCACAUGCACAUGGGUGGAUAUAACUCGCCGCUGCAAAACCAGCAGAACCCUCGCGGGCCCAUGCAACAGGGAGCUGGCAACACGAAGUAUCACAAACCCAAGAAACAUCAGAAGCAUCGCAACGAUCAGUAUACGUACAGCGGAGCGCAGUCACAGCAUGUGCAGAAUCAAGGCCAACCUAUGCAUUGUGCGCAUGCGUAUCAACCGGCUGCGCAGCCAACUGGCUCAUCUUCCAAUACCUUCUUCAUGCCAGGCAACGAUCAUGCAGUUGGAAAGGGGUCUGGAGACUAUUUUCAUGGCAGUCAACAAUUCGGGAACUAUCACGGCAACGUCUCUUCGAGCAUGACUCAAGCGCCCCAUUCCGCUAGCAACACGCGGGCGCAGCAAUAUUCUUAAAGCGGAACUGGAUUGAAAGUGUCGAUUGUAGUCCAAUGUCUCGGACAAAGAUUGUCUUGUGAUGGUGGCUGAAAAACUAACGGAAUGGAUUUGAUUUGUAAUUUAAGUGUCUUGGACAGUGAGGAGCUGGAGAAGGAAAAAAGCGACAACGACCUUGAGUUGUGAUAUGGCUCUCCUUUCGCCGCAAUGUAGCAGCAAUGUUGGGUAAUCCCUAUCAUUGCAAUGCGCCCAAAUGUCGUUGUGUUAAUUGUUAUGCCCAACACUGCUGUUACGUGUGCCCAAUAUGACUACUAUGUUGGCGUAGUGUGCGCACAUUUUGAAAAAAAUUGGUUUCGUAUUGGGCAAACUAUUGUGGUGAUAGGGCUCCCUUACUGUCUGAGACACUUCGUGUUGUUCAUGUUUUGUUUCGCGUGAUGUUUAUUGUAGUAGUGGUGUUUUGUUUUAGGGACUAGCCAAAUUAAAAAAGUGACGUGACAGAAUGCCUUAUCCUUCAUUUUUGUUUGAGGAUUAUGUACACGCAACAGUCGAUGCCGAGUAAAUGUGAUUUAUGGUU